UUGCGUCGGAUCCUGGAGCUCAAGCAUGAAGUACUUACCGGCACUGUUGAGUCUCUUGCUCAUUGGCACUACGGAUGCAGAUACGGAACGGAAUACCGUCACUUGUGUUAUGGAUUUGAUCAAGAGCUACUACGUCAACUUCUACAUGGACUUCAUCAAGACCUGCGUGGAUCUCGGAUCGAAAACCGCGGGGAACCUAUUCUACACCGACCUGAACUCCGAGUUCUCGAGCUUCGAGGAAAAUCUGCGGAACUUAACGGAGUCGACAGUACUGACGAGAGAAGAAUGUUCAAAGAAAGGAUGGUUGAUGAGGAAUAUUUGCCAGCUCAACGAAAACAAGAACUUUCUCCUCCGCGUGAACCUGGCGCACGCGAGGUUCUUGAGGAGAGUGGCGACCAAGUUUUUCGAGCUCCCCGGGAGUCUCUCUGCCCUUGUGUUCAAAUUCAUCUCCCUUCAAAUUCGCAUGUUCCAUGUCCACGCUAGAGAGGCCGUCGCCUGCUUGAGGAGGACAUCGGUUCGCAACGUCCAUUGUCGUCUUCUUGCCGAACAUCAGGGUUAUCAAUAA